GUGCGUGGCUCCCUUCACGACUGGGUGUCAGUCCGGCCUGUGCUCAAGGUGUGGAAUCUGGUUGGAGUUUCAAUGUGUAGGAUCCACUCUCGGGGUUUUGGAGAGAUUGAGAAGGCGGUGCUAUCUCCAGUUCCUUGCACUCCUGUUAACGAACACCUCGGAAGGGGCAGCGGCAGCAACAGUAGCAGCAGAAGAGCCAGCAGGGUCGCCUGGUGUCAUGACCGGGGCAAGAGAUCAAAACCGCCGGGGAGGAUGCUGUGGAUCUUUAGCGAAGUACAUGACCUCUGCAAAGUUCCUCCUGUACCUUGGUCAUUCUCUCUCUACUUGGAUGUCAAACACGACUUGAGUAUUACAAUUUUAAUACCUCUGCCAAAUUAUGAUUUCCCCCAUAUUGAAUGUAGGGUCAUUAAGGGAGAUCGGAUGUGGCACUUUGCAGUGUCUGUGUUUCUGGUAGAGCUCUAUGGAAACAGCCUCCUUUUAACUGCAGUCUACGGGCUGGUGGUGGCAGGGUCUGUUCUUCUCCUGGGAGCCAUCAUCGGGGAUUGGGUAGAUAAGAAUGCCAGACUGAAAGUGGCCCAGACAUCACUGGUGACACAGAAUGUUUCAGUCAUCCUGUGUGGAAUCAUCCUGAUGAUGGUUUUCUUACAUAAAGAGGAGCUUCUGACCAUGUACCAUGGAUGGAUUCUUACUUCCUGCUAUAUCCUGAUCAUCACUAUUGCAAACAUCGCAAAUUUGGCCAGUACUGCUACUGCAAUCACAAUCCAAAGGGACUGGAUUGUUGUUGUUGCAGGAGAUGACAGAGGCAAACUAGCAGACAUGAAUGCUACAAUUCGAAGGAUUGACCAGUUAACCAACAUCUUGGCCCCCAUGGUUGUUGGCCAGAUCAUGACCUUUGGCUCCCCAGUUAUUGGCUGUGGUUUCAUUUCGGGAUGGAAUUUGGUAUCCAUGUGUGUGGAGUACUUUCUGCUCUGGAAGGUUUACCAGAAAACCCCUGCUCUAGCUGUGAAAGCUGCUCCUAAAGUAGAGGAGUCUGAAUUGAAACAGCUGAAUUUACGCAAAGAUACUGAGCCAAAAUACCUGGAGGGAACUCAUCUCAUGGAUGAGAAAGACCGUAAUGUCCACGAGCUUGAACAUGAGCAAGAGCCCUCCUGUGCCUCCCAGAUGGCUGAGCCCUUCCGCACCUUCCGAGAUGGAUGGGUCUCCUACUACAACCAGCCCGUGUUCUUGGCUGGCCUGGGUCUUGCUUUCCUUUACAUGACUGUCCUGGGCUUUGACUGCAUCACUACAGGGUACGCCUACACUCAGGGGCUGAGUGGUUCUGUCCUCAGCAUUUUGAUGGGAGCAUCAGCUAUAACUGGAAUAAUGGGAACUGUGGCUUUUACCUGGCUACGUCGAAAAUGUGGUCUGGUUCGGACUGGUCUGAUCUCAGGAUGGGCACAGCUUUCUUGUCUAAUCUUGUGCGUGAUCUCUGUGUUCAUGCCUGGAAGCCCCUUGGACUUGUCUGUUUCUCCUUUUGAAGAUAUCCGCUCAAGGUUCAUUCAAGGAGAGCCAAUCAUACCUGCCAAAAUACCUGAAACCAACCUUACAACUGAAAUACACAAGGCAAAUGUGUCUGAUCCUGCUAAUGUCAUUCCAGAGAUCAAUCCUGAACCUGUGCCUAUAAUCUCUGUCAGUCUGCUCUUUGCAGGCGUCAUUGCUGCUAGAGUGGGUCUUUGGUCCUUUGAUUUAACUGUGACGCAGUUGCUGCAAGAAAAUGUAAUUGAAUCUGAAAGAGGCAUUAUAAAUGGUGUACAGAACUCCAUGAACUAUCUUCUUGAUCUUCUGCACUUCAUCAUGGUCAUUCUGGCUCCAAAUCCUGAAGCUUUUGGCUUACUCGUAUUGAUCUCCGUCUCUUUCGUGGCCAUGGGCCACAUCAUGUAUUUCCGAUUCGCCCAAAAAACUCUGGGGAACCAGUUCUUUGUUUGUUGCCGGGAUGAAGUUAGGAACGAAAAUCAAAUGGAUACGUCUGUUGUUUAAAACAGUUUUAACUGUUGCUGUCCCUGUUACUAGAUGAUACAGAACACACAUGCUCAUUUCAUACUGCAGAAUUCCAAUAAAUGGCUGGGUUUUUCGCUCUGUUUUUACCACAGCUGUGCCUUGAGGACUAAAAGCUAUUUAGGAAACCUAUGUCAGCAGAAAUGAGCUGGUUACUUUCCCUUAUGUUUAGACAUGGAAAAAAAAAAUAGAAAAAGAAAAACCCAGUUAUGGAGAUUAUAACACUGAAUUCAUAAAAUUUGCAUGAGAGAGUGGUUAGUCGUGUGCACUAAGUUGUUCUUUUGAAGAUGCUUAUUGCUUGUGCUAGACUUCAGAUAUUCAGUUUUCCUUAAAACUCACUCAGGUCUGUUAAAAUCUGGGUAAUUUACUUUUUUCAUAUCUUAUUGUCGGUUAUAUUAUAAAAACAAAUUCCUCUCCAGGUCUGAAGAUUAAAGCUUGACAAGCAGUGUUAUCCUUAUUGAUCAUUUUGAUCUUAAGGGAUUUACAUGUAUGUGGAAAAAGAAAACACUUAACUAUACUUCUCUAAUAAGGUUCAUGGUUUAACUCGAAAGAGCACCUUUGUAUUUUUAUUAACAGAUAGGGCAACAUAUUGUAUUCAGCAUAUGUAGCACGGCAUAAAAUGGCUCUCAUGUAAGCUACAGAUAGAAGCAAAGCUAUAAAGUAGAUUUACAACACAGUGAAUGCACAAGGUCUUUAACUAUGUCAAACGUUUGGCCACAGCAAGUAGAAGCCAGAGGUGACAUGGAAAGACGAGUCCUAAUUUAACUCAUGCCACUAGCAUUAACAAGCUCUGUUAUAGAAUAUGAGGGACUAAGCCGUCAACCUGGCAAGUUACAUAUAGAAAGAAAGCCCGCACUCGUAAAGGUUUUGUUUUAGAAAUCAAUUGAUUCACUUGUAACACACUCAGGUAGAACAUUUUUACUUUUACUCUACAUUAUUAUCAGGAGUUAUCUCUACAUUGUUCUGGACAGAGCAAGAAUGUUCAUAAAAGUAUCAAUUUCAAAUGUGUUUGAUAAGAAUAGAGGAAAAAAAGUUCGUAUGUAUUUUUAAAAACUGUUUUACAAGUCCUUUUGCAACAUGUCAGUACCAACAGAAUACUUUGCCUUACCUGUCUAUGCACUUUCAUGGAGACUGCAAUAUGUUGCCAUGAGCACUUUCUUUAUCCUUGGGGUUUAAUCUUUUUUCUUCAUCUUUCUACAGUAUGACAUAAUGAUUUGCUAUGUUGUAAAAUCUUUGUAAAAAUAUUUCUAUAUAAAAAUAUUUUUAAAAUCUU